AAAUCUUUGCUUUUAUCUAACUCCGUUGCGGUAUCGAAACCUGAUCCCGAAGACAAUACUGUCAAGAAACCUCAUUCGGUUAUGAAAGAAGAUACAAAGAAGAAGAAGGCGCACCCACAGGAAUCGGAUGACGAAGAUCACAUGUCCAAGAAACCUGUUUCAAAGAAGGCAAUAUUUGAUGAAGAACCGAGACCAGGGUACGUCCUAUCAAUAUGCAAAAACCGGCUGAGCGCAAAGUGGAGCUGCUGACAUAAGCUUUUCCUAAGUUCAUUUGGCGAGUAUUGUUAUCUAUCUUAUCCGCCUGAGAGUGAUUCUUCUGAUCUCUUGAUGCAUCACACCCAAGAGGAUAAGAUGGUCAGAGGCACAGGCAAAUUUAAGACCAAGCGUGGCGGAGGGAGGAAUUUCAGCAAACACCUCGAAAUAGACGAGAACGGAGUUGCUGUACUGCUUGAUAGACGAUGGGCUCCUCGUGAUCGAGAGGGCGAGACCGACUCAAACAAAUUAAAGGAAGAGGAGGAGGAAGAAGAAGAAGAAGGGGCCAGCGGCAGUGUCGCACAGCCUAAGCUAAGUCGCUCUGAGCGAAAGGCGCUCAAGAAGAAACAAGUGGACCAGAAACAACAACAAGCGGAGGGAGAGAGUGACACAAAUGCAAAUCUCAUAAAUCCCAACCAUGUCGAGAAGAAGAUGAAUAUAUCUGAUCUUGGCGCACCUCGAGAGCUAACUUGUAGAGAAAGGGAGGCGAAGGAGAAACAAGAAGCCAAGCAUCGCUACUGCAAGGCCAGUUUGAGUCACUGUAGCUAAAUGUUGCUGGAAAGACCGACGAAGCAAAGUCAAAUCUCGCUCGCCUUAGAAAGAUCAGAGAGGAACGGGAGGCUCAAGCUAAGAGGAAGGCU